UGCCAACCGAUAGUGUUUCAUCAGAAAACGUAUAUGUAUUUUGCGUUCUCUGGUUUCAUUUAAAAAAAAAUUACGCAAAUCAUUUUAGAACAGUUAUUUAAUAUUUAAAAGACUACAGAAAUCGACUAUUUUCUUCAAGUAAUUUUUUAUACUAAUAUUAGAGUUUUGAGUAAUCCUCACAAUUCUCAUAAACACUGUCGAAGAUUUAUGAAAUGAGCAAUUUUUCUUUAAACUAAAAAUUAAACAAUUUUGUUACUUAUGUAAAUAUUUUAAACGCGUGUCAAAGUUAUUUGUAAAAAAAAUAAUGGCGGAACUUUUGCAUUAACUAUUCGACAGUACGAAAUAUCGUAACGUGUGCCCACCGCUUUUAUUAAAGCUUUUCAUUGCGCGCGCUUCUGCUAGCUGCUGUCAAAUUUGCGUAUCAGGCAGCUGUUGACUGAAAGUGGAGCUAUUUAAAAUAAUCAUUCUUUUGCGAAUAUUCGAAUAGAUUGAACGUCAAUUCGUGUUACUCGGUUUGGUGUACAAUUUUUUGCUCGCCUACUGUCUCACACAAGUGCGUUUUUGCUUUUUCGAGUAAAUUCUCUUUGCUGCCGGUAAAAUAAAUUGUGUGAAAUUACUUGAUCUUGCGAAUUUUACGGAAAAACCUUUUGCGAUGUAAGUAAAAAUGUUGAACAAACUGGGGGGUGGGGGAAUUUAAUUUCACCUUCGACGAGUUAAUAAAAUAUUUGGGAAUAUCUGUACUGACUGGUAAAUAAAAAGACCAAUUAUAUAAAUAAUAUGGUAGCAAUUAAAUAUUUCAUAUUUUUCUUGUACAUGAAUUUAAAAGAUUCUAGAAUAAUUAGUGAAAUGAUAAUGUAUACACACAUUGUUUAACGUUCUAACAACACUCGUAAGCAGCCGGGUUCGUUUAAGACCUCCGCACUGCUUACCCGGCUAUUGGUCUUGAAACGGCAACUAUCGCUUCGCAAAGUCGGCUGUUUCUAAUUAAUUUUGUUGCUAGAUUUUUGCAGUUCGCGUACUUUUCCGCCUGUAGGUACCUACUCGUACCUAAAUCGCUGAUUCACUGCUUAUUGUGGUAAACGUAAAUUGUAUAUAAAAACCAGUUUGUAUUCAGAGAUUCAGUGUGCUAACCGAGUUGAAAAGGUGAAAUUGAACUGAGCUUGUCCAAAAAUAAGUUUAUAAAAUUUAUUUACUGCACUUGAAAAUGCCGAAAAUUCAGAAGCCCACUCCCCAUUUCAAGGGAACUGCCGUCGUUAAUGGCACCUUCAAGGAUAUCGAUCUGCUUGACUACAAAGGCAAGUACCUGGUGUUGUUCUUCUACCCAUUGGACUUCACUUUUGUGUGCCCAACCGAAAUCAUUGCGUUCUCGGAUCGCGUUUCUGAAUUCCGCAACAUUGGCUGUGAAGUUGUUGCUUGCUCAACAGACAGUCACUUUACGCAUUUAGCUUGGAUUAACACACCUCGCAAACAGGGCGGUCUGGGUGAUUUGUCUAUCCCAUUGUUGGCCGAUAAAUCCAUGAAGAUUGCACGUGACUACGGUGUGUUGGAUGAAGAAACCGGCAUUCCUUUCCGUGGUCUUUUUGUCAUCGACAGAAGUCAGAAUUUGCGUCAAGUAACCAUCAAUGAUUUGCCAGUUGGACGCAGUGUCGACGAGACUUUACGUUUAGUUCAAGCGUUCCAAUUCACCGACGAGCACGGUGAGGUAUGCCCAGCCAACUGGAAGCCCGGUGAGAAGACCAUGAUUGCUGAUCCAAAGAAGUCAAAGGAAUACUUCGCCCUUGCUUCUUAAGCAUAUCGUAAAAUAUAAUCAGAUGUUGUAUCCGUAACGACGCUGGAAGUUGUACGUUGCAAGAGCAUUAAAAAAAAUAACUAAUUUGAUUCAAAAUAAUAUUGCAAAUUACAAAAGAUCACAAACAUCUACACAUCAAAAUAAUAAUUGCACUCAAAGUGCGCUAUAAUGAGGCCCAUUUUUCUAUUAGCUCGUAGUUCUAUAUAUAUUUAUAUGUAUACGUAUAACUAACAAGUUGUUUUCGUUUUGUAUUCAGAGAACUAAUGAUGAAUUAAUGUUCAUUUAAAAUUCAAUCAAUGUAUGUAGAUGGAGAACGUUUAUUACAGAAAUAAAAAUUGAAAAAAAGAAUUAAACGCUAUCAGCUCUCUACUAUUUCACCAUAAAUACAAUUCCGCAACAAUAAACAAUUUAAAAAAUA